UCCUAUACAAGUCGUUGCGGCGUGUUGCUGAAACGAAACAUAAAUUCAGUGUGUAAUUGAUUCAGGUAGAGUUUCGUGUUGGUUAGCGCUACAGAUACACAAUACAACUUAGUAACAACUAUGUUAUUAUCCCCCUGUGAUAGCUUCGAAUCUGGAAUGGAAGAGGAAAUAUUGAGAGAGAUCGAAGGAAACAGGCCGCGUUCUAGAACAUGGCCCCUCCCGCAACCCGAAGACUUCGAAACACAGAAAUCACCCGAAGUCGAAGAGAAAAUAUCGACAGCAAAGCUCGAGCCGGGCUCGAAGAAAGGUUCGCGCAAAAAUGCUUGGGGAAAUCAGUCGUAUGCUGAUUUGAUUACCCAGGCUAUUCAAAGCACACCUGAACAGCGAAUGACUCUGUCUCAAAUAUAUGCUUGGAUGGUUGAGAAUGUUGUAUACUUCAAAGAUAAAGGAGACAACACAAGCAGUGCCGGUUGGAAGAACAGUAUUCGCCAUAAUCUGUCGCUACACAAUCGUUUCAUACGAAUUCAAAACGAAGGAAAUGGCAAAUCGUCUUGGUGGAUGGUCGAUGCUGAUGCUAAGACCGAAAAGACGAAACGUAGAAGCCGUUCAAGCUCUCUGGACUCGGACAACGGCCCCAAAGCGACGAAAACAAAACGACCCGGGCGAAAAGGCAAACGAAGCGAGCACAACGAUGACAAACCACUGAGUCCUAACUCCAAGCUUCGUGUUACACCAAAGUCGCCUAUAAACACGGAACCCUCGGUUAUUUUGGAAGAUAACCCAUUCCCGUUCCCUCUGGCUGAUUACAGGCAUCGCUCAUCGUCAAAUGCAUCUAAUGUGAGCAGUAUCAGCGGCAGGCUUUCCCCUAUUCCUUCACACGACGAAGAGCUAGAUUUAGACGAGAAUAUGUCGCUCUCCCCGACGCAAGACCGACCCGAGCAAACUCCUGUUGUCGUCGAAGAACUGAUGGAUAAUAUGAAAGAAAACCUGAUAAUGACGAGGCCUCAUCCACAAGCACCACCUCAGGCAGAUAUUGCAGCAUUUCGUGCGAGAUGCAACGAAGACACGAUGAAUAUAGACUCACCACCGGCAGCGACGUUUGUUGAAAACCGGUACCCAAACACGGAUUACUUCCCUGCUACAAACUUGAAGCAAGCCCCAUUUGCGGCAGCAAAGAUACCCACUCAGAAAGGCCUGUACAAAGAGGCACCUCCUAAUACCUUACAGCAGCACAUCAAUGGUAUUUACCACCGUGGAAACAUAAGUUCGCCGAGUAAUUUUCAAAUGCCGGAACGAAAUCUUUCGCAGGUUAUGCACCCCGACCAGCGAGCACCUCCACCGCCGUACAACGUGCAUCUCAAUAACUCCGUGCAAAGACCCCAGCCCAGCCAUAAUCGGGUAGUAAUGCAAGGUAAUAACUAUAUACCAUACUACCAUAACUCACAGAAUGAUGGUGUGCCGAUGAUUAGUGUCGAAAUGGCGGAUUCAGCCGCGCUACCAGGCGACUUUGAUAUUGACUUUCUUGAACGACUUGACCGAGACAUAACUUGUGAUGUCGAAACCGUCCUUCGAACUGAAUCUGCUUUUAAUGAUGGACAUUUAGACUUCAACCUAGACAAUUAUGUUUCUGCAAUUGCACUUCCAGAAAUUUCAUUGUCUAGAAACAUGGUGCAUUGAAUUGGUGCGAAGCGAACAUCGCCAUUCUUACAAAUCAAACAUGGCCGACCCUUUCUGCGUUCAAGUCCAAGAACCAAAACUAGACCGGGUUUUCAAAAUAUAAAUCUACUACCCCACUUCAAGCUUUUGCAAAAGGCACAGUUGAGUGAUUAACUCAGUCCAUUACCAACUCAAAAAUUGAGAAAUGGACUUAAAUCAAAGUUAAAUCAGGAACAUUAAAUUAUAUAUCUAUUCGACUAAAUGUACAUUUUAAGCAAUCUCAAAUGGUCUGCCAGUUGAAUUGAUUUCUAACUGGAAAGCAAUGGGAUGUAGUAGUGUUAAUACAGUAUUAAUUUUUUAUUAAGUUAGUUGCUUUCACUGCGUGAUAAGCUGCCAGUCUGUCUCUGGUUGAACCAAACAACUGGUACAGUAUAUUAAAUAAUAUUGUAAUGUUUUAUUUGCAUAUAGAGAAACUGUAGUUGUAAUAGCGUGGAUUAGGACAAUCGGAGGAAUAUGUAUCCGAAAUGUAACUUAUAUAUAAUCUCGUGUCACUAUUAUAUUUAUACUCUCGCAUCUUCGACUGGAAACGA